AUGUCUGCCCUUGCGCGCGCACUGGCUGACUCUGUCUGCAACCAAAAGCUCGUCAUCCCCAAACACCACGGCGAGAAAUUGACCGAUAUCCCUGACGACUCGCUGGUCGAUAUCCUCCAUGUGCUCAAGAAGAUCGCCGUCGCCACGGGGGCCGAAAACUAUAAUGUUUUACAGAACAACGGGCGGUUGGCGCACCAGGAGGUCGACCACGUGCAUUUCCACCUGAUCCCGAAGCCGAAUGAGACGGAAGGGUUAGGCAUCGGGUGGCCCGCGCAGAAGAUGGAUAUGGGUGAGUUGAAGAAAUUGUUUGAAGACCUCAAGGCGAAGAUGUAG